GGGACGGCCGCGCGAGAGGGGACUAGUCCGCGCCCGGGGGAGCGCGGCUGCGUUCUGCAGUGGGGGCUGGUGCCGGUACCAGUACCAGUACCAGUGGGGUUGAGCUCACCAUGGAGCCGGUGACCCGGUGGAGCCCGAAGCAAGUGGUGGACUGGACUAAAGGCCUGGAUGAUUGCCUGCAGCAGUAUGUCCAUAAAUUUGAACGGGAGAAGAUAAAUGGUGAACAGCUGUUACAGAUUUCUCACCAGGACCUUGAAGACUUGGGCAUCUCACGAAUUGGACACCAGGAACUGGUUCUAGAGGCUGUGGAUCUCCUGUGUGCACUGAACUAUGGCCUUGAAACAGACAAUAUGAAGAACCUGGUUCUCAAACUGCGAGCAUCAUCCAACAAUCUGCAAAAUUACAUCAGCAGCCGUAGGAAAAGCUCAAAUUAUGAUGGAAACACCUCUCGCAAGCCCCCCAAUGAAUUCCUUACUUCUGUGGUAGAGCUUAUUGGUGCUGCCAAAGCCUUGCUUACAUGGUUGGACAGGACCCCAUUUACGGGUAUUGCUGACUUUUCAUCAAUGAAGAACAGAAUCAUUCAGCUCUGCUUGGAUCUCACUACUACUGUUCAGAAGGACUGCACUGUGGCUGACAUGGAAGAUAAAGUUCAGACUGUAGCCAAGACUUUAAACGGCAUUUGUGAUAAAGCUAUCCGAUCAACUACAGAUCCAUUGAUGAGCCAGUGUGCGUGUCUUGAGGAGGUUCAUUUAACUAAUAUUAAACCUGGGGAAGGCCUGGGAAUGUACAUCAAAUCAACUUAUGAUGGAUUACAUGUAAUUACUGGAACUACAGAAAACUCCCCUGCUGAUCGAUCUCAGAAGAUUCAUGCUGGUGAUGAAGUGAUCCAGGUUAAUCGGCAAACUGUGGUUGGAUGGCAACUAAAAAAUCUGGUGGCAAAGUUGCGAGAGAAUCCUGCUGGAGUUAGGCUGCUGCUUAAGAAACGUCCUACUGGCUCUUUCCAUUUCACUCCUGCUCCAUUAAAGAACCUGCGUUGGAAACCACCCUUGGUGCAGACCAGCCCUCUGCCGAUCACGAGUCCUUCAACCCAGUCACCAGAAAGCACCGUGGAUACCUCACUGAAAAAAGAGAAGCCAGCCAUUUUGGAUCUGUACAUACCACCUCCACCAGCUGUUCCAUAUUCUCCUCGAGAUGAAAAAGGGAGUUUUGUAUAUGGAGGAGGCAACAAACCCAGUCAGCCACUACCUGGGUCCAAGGGUGCUGAGUCCCCCAAUUCUUUUCUGGAUCAGGAGAGUCGAAGACGAAGGUUUACUAUUGCUGAUUCAAAUCAGUUGCCUGUGUAUCCCAUUGAAGCAAAUAUUCUACCCGCCAAGAUGAGAGAAAAAACACAAUCCUAUGGAAAACCUCGUCCUCUGUCAAUGCCUGCUGAUGGGAGCUGGAUAGGAGCUGCAGAGCCUUUCUCGAGGCCACGAGCACCAGGAAGAAAAGGCAAGGUUUUCAGUGAAGAUGCCCUCUGCAGGUACUUCAGUAAUGAAAGGAUACCCCCAAUCAUUGAAGAAAACCCCUCCACACAACACCCUCUCUCAAGGCCAGUCUCUGAGAAGCAGUUAGUGAGGGGAACAGAUUAUAUUCGAGGCAGCAGAUGUUUUAUGAAUGCAGACCUCCACAACAGUGCAACAAUUCCUUUUCAAGAGGAAGGUGCUAAAAAAUCUUCUGUUACAUCGUCCACAAAAUCUUCCUCCACAGAGCCCUCGCUGCUGGUCAGUUGGAUCACAAGACUGAAACUGUUGACUCAUUGACUGUUGUUCACAGGACUGUUACCAAGUGCCUUUGCUCAUUGGUCAGACUUCUUUACUUUUCAGCUUAACUGAUGCAUAGUGACUAAUGUGGUGUUCUUUUCCUGGAGAAUCUUACAUUUUUGCCUUUUCAUUGGUGAUUUUAGAUGGAUCAGAGGGUUUCGUAGUGCAAGGAGGGAAGAAAAAUACGGAUCAAGUUCCUCUUCCUGGCCAAAAGCUGAGGGCAUUUAUUCCCCUGGAAAUGAGUAAAAUUUCAGUGAUACAGAGGCCAUGCAUGAUCUGAAACAUGCAUAAUGACUCAGAGGAAAUCAUUGCAUUACUGUAAAGUCCAGUGGCACUUCAGUUGUCUGAAUUCUUAGGGGCUGGUGUGAGUGGCUGGGUGUCAGAGUAUGUAGAGCUCAGCAAAGUAAUUUUAUUCUCCUGACCAGGAAAGAUAAGCAGGAAAACAGCAGUUUCAUGCAACUUAGCAGUGCUAUUGCAAGUCCUGCGUGAGAUCAGCCUUGUGAGGAAGAAGUAGUAGUGUUGCCAUUCUUUCUCUGAUAUCCAGAGAUGUUAGGAAGUCUUAGGAAGAGAGUUCUCUUAUCCAGUGAUCUUAGGAAGUUGGACUAAUUUAACUAUAAAUCAGUCCAACCUGAUAUAUAAUCCAUUUUACUGAAAUCACAGUAUAAGUGAAGAGCGCUGAGCAACUGCAGUUCUCAUCCGUAAAGAUAUAUGGAUUGCUACAACAUACCAAGGAAAUGCAUCUGUAGAGGUGGUAAAAGAAUAUAUAUUUUUCCUUAAUUGUUUAAGAAUGAUUUGCUGUUGACCAAAGUCAGUUUUUAAAGGCAGUCCUGUUGGACUUAUAAGAACUUUUAUAGUGGUUCAGAUUUUGAAUGAUGUAUUGUUUAUGAAAAAUACGUGCUAUGAUACAUUACAAAUGUAAGACCUCUUGCUAUUUUCUAUAUAGCUCAAAUUUUCUCCUCUCCAGAAUUUUAAAGUAGCAUUGGGUAUUUUGGGAGGAAAAUAAAACUUGUUUGACAAAAGAAGAGGAUAUUAAAGAGGUAUUGUUUAAAACUGAAUGUACAUAAGAUUGUUGGUAUGAAACAGUUGUGUUUAAUUUAAAUGUUAAAUAUAGUUGUAUGUAUUUUUUACACUUGAA